CUCGCGUACAUUUCUCCCGAUUCCCACUCUUAACACGCAAUACAGAGACUAACGUCAUCCAUUUGACUACACCCGAGGGUAAGAACGAGCUUCCAGCUUCCCCUUCUCCUGUGCUCUUGAUGAGAACUGAAAAGUCUCCCUCAUAGACUUCGUUAGCGCCUUGAAUAACAUCACCUCUACAAACCCAUCUGAAAAUCUGAAGAAAAUCGAAGUGCUUCUUCUUUCAGUCGAGCGAAAAUGGCGUAUGUGGACCACGCGUUCUCGAUUUCCGACGAAGACGUAAUGAUGGGGACAUCGUACACGGUGAACAACCGACCGCCGAUCAAGGAGAUCGCUCUCGCAGUCUCUCUCCUGGUUUUUGGAACCCUAGCCAUCAUCCUGGGCAUUUUCAUGGCCUUCAACAGAGUCGGCGGUGACAGAGCUCACGGGCUAUUCUUUGCGAUAUUGGGAGGAAUUUUGUUCCUUCCGGGGUUUUACUAUACCCGGAUUGCGUACUACGCCUACAAGGGUUACAAGGGUUUCUCUUUCUCCAACAUACCUGCUGUGUAAAGUUGGCCUCUGACCACACUACUCUGUGUAUAGAUCUCUUAGUUCACUGUUCUUUUUCAUUUGUAUGCCAACCUUUUUUUUUGUUUCUUUGAAUAAUGUGAAUGUAUAAUGUUUCAUGUUCUAGACAAUCAGACUUUGCUUUGUUUCUUCUUGUGAUAUAGUAAAAAUUUUGAUCAUCUGUGGGGUGUUGGGCGUGUUAAUAUCUACCUUUGUGGAUAGAAAAGAUGAAAGAGGGAAGUUCUGGAUGAUUUGAAUGUCCCCUUGUAUACUCAUUUGUGGGAUUUAAAUUGCCGAUGUUAUCAUUUAAUCUGUCUCUUCAUUUUAAUGAUAAUAUCUUAUAGGGGUAUGUGAAGCAUUUCAAUUACAUGUCAAAUAGAAGAUG